AUGCAGGAUGUUGCAGCUGCUGGUGAUGCCGUCGUGAGCUGGAACCGGACAAGUCGCGGCGUUAGGGACUGGCGACGCGCAUUGUUGCUCCGUGCUAGGGCGCAAGCUCGUGGAAAGAGGGAGGGUUGGUGA